AUGAAUAUACGAAACGCCAGGCCAGAGGACCUUAUGAAUAUGCAGCACUGUAACCUACUUUGUCUGCCAGAAAACUACCAAAUGAAGUACUACUUCUACCAUGGAUUGUCCUGGCCGCAGCUUUCAUACAUUGCAGAGGAUGAAAAUGGCAAAAUAGUGGGUUAUGUACUGGCAAAGAUGGAGGAAGACCCAGAUGAUGUUCCACAUGGACACAUUACAUCUCUGGCAGUAAAGCGCUCCCAUCGACGACUGGGUCUUGCUCAGAAGUUGAUGGACCAGGCUAGUCGAGCCAUGAUUGAGAACUUCAAUGCCAAAUACGUAUCGCUUCACGUUCGCAAAAGUAACCGGGCAGCCCUGCACUUGUACUCAAACACACUCAAGUUCCAGAUCAGUGAAGUAGAGCCCAAGUACUACGCGGACGGUGAGGAUGCCUACGCCAUGAAGAGGGACCUAGCCCACAUGGCAGAUGAGCUGAGAAAGCCCGGCCCCCGCCUGCCGGGUCAGGAGGCGCCGUCAGCUUCUGGCGACCCGGAGAGGGAAAACGAGAGGGACAGCGGCGGAGAAAGUAAAGAACUGAGUGAAGUCAGCGAAGCUACCGAAAGUACGGAUGUCAAAGAUUCAUCUUCGGAUUCCCAAUGA